AUGCCGGCUUCACCAUCAGGGCCAGCGCAGCCUACGGUGCCAUCGUCGCUUCUAUGGGCGCACAUCCUCCGGCGCCCGCGACCGCCAACCGCGCCACCUCCGCGCGCGAACCUAACACCGGCGGACAAGGCCAAGGCGGCAACGCGCAUUCUCCUACACGACACCCAGUCCCGGCUGGAGACCUUUGCCAAGACAGCCGAAGGCCUGCUCAACGAAACGCGCCGCGGGCGCGUGGAGGUUGAGCGAGUGCGAGAUGAAUGCGCGGGGGCGGGGGCGGGGGAGAAGACGGGGGACGAGGUUGUCGGUGCCCUCAAUCGUGUACAAGGGGCCAUCACAAAAGUCGUAGGAGAACCCGCGCAGGCGAAGAACGUCGAUUCGCUGGCCGCGAACGUCGCCGGACUGGGCAAGCUCGUCGACGCGCAAACGCACAUUCUCACCGCCAUCCAGUCGUGUUGCGGCAUACCCGAGCACCAGAUUCGCUGGUGCCCGCCUCUAGAUCUCAGGCCGUUACUCGCUCUGCCCGCUGCGAUCGAUGCGCUCUCACUCCGCCUGGCCACGAACAGAAUAUCUCCCAUUACCAGCUCUUCGCCCCGCAGCACCACCUCAAGCGACGCACCCAGCUCGUCCGCUAGUGCCGACUCGUCCACAUCGCCCAAACGCGCACACGAGCCUGCAGAGCCCCGCCAAGCGGCUGAAGUUGGAUGGCGCAUCGGCAGCGCGGACACCGUCACGGUCCAACGCUUCCUCGACUACCGACGCGACAUUGAUGCCAUCUUCCCGCUUCCGCCUUCUGCUCAGCGCCCAUGA